UGUGAGGGUUUCAGGUGAUUCCUCAUGCGUGACGUAUAAUCUAGUGGACGGGACGUUUCUUCAGCAACAAUUUAGUCACCUCGGUAGCCAAAAUUAAAAACGAAACAUCGAAGCUCUUUAUGCCAUUUUUGUGUAUAUUAACCUGUGUUUUAAACACACUGUUUGUGUAUUUACUAGUUACUCCAUUUACGUUAUUAGCUAGCUGGAUAAAUAACACUAAGCUAGUCGCUAAUGCUAACUAGCUAGCUAGCUAAGGUCUUCGACCAUGAGUUCACGAAGCUACUCUCCUCCUGCUACAGAAGAGGAGGUCUGCUGGACGGAGAAAGAAUCUCUCGUGAAAGAGGAGAAUGAAGAAGAGGCUGUCACAGUUAAAAAAGAAGUAGAGGUUAAGGCUGUUACAGUGAAAGAGGAGGAAGACGUUACAGUGAAAGAAGAGGAAGAAGCACUCAGAGUGAAACAGGAGGAUGUUACUGUGAAAGAAGAGUGCAAGAAAGAGGAGGAGAUGACUGUCGCGGUGAAAGAAAAAGAAGACGUUUUUGUAGUGAAGGAGGAGGCAGAUAAUACUGUCACAUUAGAAGAAGAGAAGACAGGAGAUCUGGUUAAUACUAGAGAGAGACCAGACUCAGAGGAAACAGAGCCAGAGACGUCCAAACCAGCAAGACGAAACCCCUGUUCCCACCUCAGGAAGAGUUUUACCAAGUUAGGGAACCUAAAGAUACAUAAGAGAAUACACUCUGGAGAGAAGCCUCACCACUGCUCCCACUGCGGGAAGAGUUUUACCCAGUUAGGGAGUCUGAAAAGACAUAAGAAAACAUACACAGGGGAGAAGCCAUAUCACUGCUCUCAAUGUGUCUUUGGAGUGAAAGAGGAGGGGGAGGUGACUGUCACAGUGAAAGAAGAGGAAGAUGUUUUUGGAGUUGAGGAAGGAGAGAUUACUGUCACAUUAGAAGAAGAGGAAGAGACUGGAGAUCUGAUUAACACCAGAGAGAGACCAGACUCUCCCUCUGACAACGGGGAGAGUCCUUCAGGGGAACCAGACCAGGAGACCCCAAAACCAGUGAGACCACACCAGUGUUCCCACUGUGGAAAGAGUUUUAAGUGGGUAUAUUACCUGAAAGAACAUGAAAGAAUACACACAGGAGAAAAGCCGUUCCAAUAUUCCCAGUGUGGAAAGAAAUCUACCCAGUUAAGGAGCCAGAAAAUACAUGAGAGAAUACACUCUGGAGAGGAGCCUCACAAAUGCACUCAAUGUGGAAAGACAUUUAACCGGUUAGGUAACCUGAAGUCACAUGAGCGAACACACACUAGAGAGAAGCCUUACAACUGUUCCCAGUGUGAAAAUGUAUUUUUCUCAUCAGGAGACCUGAUAAAGCAUGAAAGAACACACUCAAAAAAGAGGCCCAACCAAUGUUCCCAGUGUGGAAAAAGAUUUACUCAGCUAGGGAACCUGAAAUCACACGAGAGAGCACAUUCUUUAGAGAGGGCUUACCAAUGCUCUCAGUGUGGAAAGAGGUUUAUCAAAUCAUCACAUCUGAAAGAUCAUAAGAGAAUACACACAGGAGAGAAACCAUUCCAAUGCUUCCAGUGUGUAAAGAGUUUUAGCCAGGUAGGGAACCUGAACAUUCAUGAGAGGACACACACUGGAGAAAAACCUUUCCAAUGCUGUCAGUGUGGGAAAAGCUUUACCCACUUAGGUCACCUUAAAACACAUGAGAGGACACACACAGGAAAGAAGCCUUUCCAAUGCUCACAGUGUGAAAAGAGUUUUAGCCAGUUAGGGAACCUGAAAAGGCAUGAGAUGUCACACACUGGAGAAAAACCAUUCCAAUGCUUCCAGUGUUGCAAGAGUUUUACUCGUUUAGGGACCCUGAAAAUUCAUAAGAGAAUACACUCUGGAGAGAAGCUUUACCAUUGCUCCCACUGUGGAUUUAAAUUUACCUGGUUAAGGCAACUAAAAGAGCAUGAAAGAAUCCACACCUGAGAGAAACAUUAUAAAAUCACAUUUUAUUUGUCACGUUCUACAGGUGUAGUAGAUCUUCCCAUGAAAUACUGACUUACCAGCCCUUAACCAACAAUGCACAGUAAGAAAAUGUUGCUAAAUAAACUAAAGGAAAAAUAAUAACACAAAAUAACAAGGCUAUAUACAAGAGUACCAGUACUGAGUCAA